AUGGUAACUCCAAGCUAUUUGAUGAUCUGCUCAGAACUAAACAAUCCCACCCUGCCUCACAUUAAACAAUGGCUUUCCAACAAUCCGCUUGAUCACAUUCCGUGUUGGGAAGCAGCCACGUCCAUUCAUUCGACCGGAUCAAUGUUUCGCGGAGCCGAGUAUGCUGUGUUCAUAUACGACAAACAUGCCGGGAUCCGCGUUCGGCGAACUCAUCUGCUCGAGCCAAGGAAGCAGUCAAAUCAUGAGGACAAUGCUGUCGCCCGAUCGUUACGCCUGUUCUGUCGCAGUCCGUGUCCCGCAUUGUGCAAAGUUCGUGGCGAACGCUUCGUGAUUGUAUCUGUGCAUUUGAAAGCUCAAGGACUACGACAUAGUCGAGUGGGAAAAACUGCAGCUGAAGUGCAAGCGAUGACGUACCUGGUGAAAGCAUUCAGGGAUACACAACCCGUCGGAACGCACCUUAUUGUCAUCGGUGAUUUCAACCUGAAUCCCGAUCAUGAAGGCCUAAAGAGUUACGGACUCAGUUCCAUUUUGCCGGGUAGCCAACCAACUACUGUAGCUGUUGCUGGGAGAACUGAUCUUUCCCCGAGCCAUCUGGAUUCCACACCUUCACAAUCCAGUUCAUCGGCCUACGAUAACGCUUGGAUCUCGGCCAGCUUGCUGUCGUCAUCCGCAUCAUCUCCCACGGCAUUCUACACCGGUGAUUGUGGAGUAAUCACGAUGGGCUUGAAGCAUCCGCUAAUCCCCAACGACACGGGUGCUGGUGCAAACGGAUUUAUCAGUGAUCACUGUCCUAUUUGGUUUGAUCUUAUGAUCCCAUGA